CACUCAUCGGCAGAAAUAACUCCUCUCAUACAGCGAAACGAACGAAGGAAUACAACAACCCCAAGCAAUAAUUGGAUUAAACUCUUGACCACACACUUUAACUGGAUUUUACCAUUUCGGAGCUUUUCUGGAGACUUGUGGAUUACUAUUAUUUGCAAGCAAAAUGACCCUGGAAGAAGUCGUUGGAUGCAAUAUUACUGAUAAAAAAAUGGACACCGUGAGCCAAGCAUUAGAGGAGCUGCUGGUAGCAGCACAGAGACAGGACUGUCUUACAGUCGGCGUUUAUGAAUCUGCCAAACUAAUGACUGUGGAUCCUGAUUGUGUCGUACUGUGCGUUCUGGCCACCGAUGAGGAGGACCAGGAUGAUAUUGCGCUGCAGAUUCACUUUACGCUUCUUCAGGCGUUCUGCUGCGACAACGACAUCAACAUCCUGCGGGUGUCCGGUCUGAGACGCCUUGCGCAGGUGCUCGGCGAGCCAACCACCUUAGAUAACAGCGAGCCGAGAGACUUCCACUGCAUCCUAGUCACUAACUCCCAGUGCCAACCUCUGAAAUGCCAGGCUCUGAAGGACGUGGGCAACUACUGCGAAGAGAGCCGUUGCAAAAACCAGUGGAUCCCUUAUCUGUCCCUACAAGAACGCUGAAUAACUCGCGAUGCCAUUGCUGCAAUAAAAGAAUGAAGUCAUUCUAUACGAAUGAAAGCAAAUGAGCUCUGCAACAGCCGCCGUUGACUGCUGCGUCAUGUAAAGGGGCUGAAAGAGAGAGUGGAGCUCUUGGAACUGUGCGCACGGUACAUUCCACCCUGCCCCUGCAUCUUAUCCUCCGUGGGAAACAGUGGUUGUCUUGGUAGCGGAUGAACAUAGUUGUCUGGUGGCACGAGCUGUGUUGGAAAAACUUGCAGGCGGCCCCCCACCCCCCGGUUUCAUAUGUGCAAUGGGUUGGAAAGCCACCUUUAGUUCACUAUUGCUGACUGAGGGACUAACGCAUUUUGAAACGCGGAAAUAUUCCGUUUAUGUGGACAUUAGUAACUAUGAACUGUAGUAGCCUUUAUGUCAAGCUACAAUUGGACUGCAAUUGCAACUGUUGAGAAGUGUUGUGGAUUAAAAUCAAUAUUGUAUUUAUUUAUUUGAGUGACUGACAAAUACAUACUGUGAACUGAAUUGAUGCAAGUUAAUUCUAGUAAUUUAAAUAGGAGUAAUAUAUGUAUUGUUUUGCUCUUGUCAAAUGCAACAUUGUUUCAAUAAAUUUUUGAUUGAGAAUUGGA